UCGUCUUCUAAGUUGGCUAACAGUGGUUUGGAACACUUGAAGUUGCGCAGUGGUUGUUGGUUCCCUCUUUUAUCUCUCCCCAAUCUGUGUGUUGAAAUCAUAAUCCACUGCAUUCGGAUUAGGUUCAUUGGAAUUUCUAAGAAGUAAUUGAAAUGGCGAGCGCGAUGGUAGAGGAUAACAGCUUCGAAGAUGAUCAGCUAGCGAAUAUGACCACCGACGACGUCGUCAGAGCUUCUCGUCUUCUCGACAACGAGAUUCGCAUUCUCAAGGAAGAAUUGCAGAGGACGAAUCUGGAAUUGGAAUCGUACAAGGAGAAGAUCAAAGAGAAUCAGGAGAAGAUUAAGCUUAAUAAGCAGCUGCCCUACCUCGUUGGCAACAUUGUUGAGAUAUUGGAAAUGAACCCUGAGGAUGAAGCUGAAGAAGACGGCGCCAAUAUUGAUCUUGACUCACAAAGAAAGGGAAAAUGUGUUGUGCUAAAGACAUCUACUCGACAGACAAUCUUUCUUCCUGUUGUUGGGCUUGUUGACCCUGACAAGUUAAAACCUGGUGAUCUGGUUGGUGUCAACAAAGAUAGUUACUUAAUCUUGGAUACCCUGCCUUCUGAGUAUGAUUCUAGAGUUAAGGCCAUGGAAGUUGAUGAAAAGCCAACGGAGGAUUACAAUGACAUUGGUGGAUUAGAGAAACAGAUUCAAGAAUUAGUUGAAGCCAUUGUUUUGCCAAUGACCCACAAGGAGCGAUUCCAAAAGUUAGGAGUUCGUCCUCCCAAGGGAGUGCUCUUAUAUGGACCUCCUGGAACUGGGAAAACAUUAAUGGCCCGUGCCUGUGCAGCACAGACAAAUGCCACAUUUCUGAAAUUGGCUGGUCCUCAACUGGUCCAGAUGUUCAUAGGAGAUGGAGCAAAACUUGUUCGUGAUGCAUUUCAACUAGCAAAAGAGAAGUCACCAUGCAUUAUAUUUAUAGAUGAAAUUGAUGCAAUUGGUACAAAGCGUUUUGAUAGUGAAGUAAGUGGAGACAGGGAGGUACAACGAACAAUGUUAGAAUUGCUCAAUCAGCUUGAUGGUUUUAGUAGUGAUGACCGGAUUAAGGUGAUAGCAGCAACUAAUCGUGCGGAUAUUCUUGAUCCUGCCCUUAUGCGUUCUGGUCGAUUGGAUCGGAAAAUUGAGUUUCCACACCCAAGUGAAGAAGCAAGAGCUCGAAUUCUGCAGAUCCAUUCAAGGAAGAUGAAUGUUCACCCAGAUGUCAACUUUGAAGAACUUGCUCGGUCCACAGAUGAUUUCAAUGGCGCACAACUGAAGGCUGUCUGUGUUGAGGCUGGAAUGUUGGCUCUACGCCGAGAUGCAACCGAGGUGAACCAUGAGGACUUUAAUGAAGGUAUUAUUCAAGUCCAAGCAAAGAAGAAAGCAAGCCUGAAUUAUUAUGCAUAGGAUGGAUUGUGGAACGAACUAUUUUUCAGUUAACAAAGAUCUAUGAGACAUCUCAAGCCAAUUGAAAAACUAUUUUGAUGUUUGACAUUUGUUUGCUAUUUUUAUUUUAUUUUUAUUUUUUGCAAUCUUUACUCUAAUCAAAUGAUUCGUUACCUAUAACACGCCAGAAUCUUCAUAUUUAAAAAAACACGCAAUACAGUUUAGAAAUUUGAUCUGCUUG